UGACAGUAACUAACGUCGACUCGCUCACUCGCUCACGCUCUGUUGUUUGCUUUGAGGCGGAGUUCAGACCAAUAAAGUCCUGAGUGAAUUACCGCUGGAGUCACUAGUAGUCCUCACUUUCACAGGGAUAAACAGCUUGUUGGGGUAUUUUUUUUUUCGCUUAACGUUACAUUACUGACGCACCUUCGUUUCCCGCUUUGACGGCAUUCAGACUAACUGACGGACUAAUUUCCACCAGUUUCACCUGCGGUAGAAGUCCAACUACUCCCGUCAGCCUGUGGAAGGUGCUGUGGAGUUGAAGAUGAAGCAGCUCUCUUUAUUCUGCUUGUAUGUACUGGUGACCUUGUAUGGCCAUAAGGGUGUGCUGUCCCAGGCUCCCUCCUAUGGUGAAAGGGGCUCUGAUCUUGGCAUACAGGUGUUCCAGCAAGUAGCCCGCUCCAAGCCCCAAGAAAAUGUGGUGCUUUCACCCCACGGUGUAGCCUCCAUCCUGGGGAUGUUGCUACCAGGAGCCCACGGAGAGACUCGGAAGCAGGUCCUCAAUGGUCUCCGUUACAAGAAAAACGGCCCGUACAGGAUGUUGAAGAAGCUGCACAAGACCUUGACAGCUAAGUCAAAUCAGGAUGUUGUCCUGAUUGCUAAUGCCAUGUUCAGCCAGGAGGGCUUCCCCAUGAAGGAGGCCUUUGUAUCCACCAACAAAGCCAACUUCCAGUGUGAGAGCAGGAACCUGGACUUCAGCAACCCUCAAAGGGCAGCAGAUCAAAUCAAUGAAUGGGUUAACAAUAAGACCAAAGGUCACAUCCCCAGCUUGAUCAAAGCAGACAUGCUGGACUCGGCUCUGACCCGUAUGGUCGCUGUCAACUCAAUCUACUUCAAAGGCUUAUGGAAGUCUCGCUUCCAGCCCGAGAACACCAAGAUGAGGCCCUUCAACGGGGGUGACGGAAAUGUAUAUAAAGUUCCAAUGAUGUCCCAACUGUCCGUUUUCAACAUCGGCGUGGCAACCACACCUCAGGGCCUGAAAUACAAGGUGAUUGAGCUGCCCUAUCACGGUAACACCAUCAGCAUGAUGAUCGUCCUGCCGUCUGAAGAGGACACACCUCUGUCCCGUGUCAUUCCACACAUCAGCACCGCCACCGUGCAGAGCUGGACCGAACUGAUGCACAUGAGAAAAGUCCGCCUGCUUAUCCCCAAGUUUACUGCUGAUGCGGAGGUAGAUUUGGAAGCCCCCCUUUCAGCACUGGGAAUAACCGACAUGUUCAGUCAGGACAAAGCCGACUUCAGACACCUCAGUUCUGAGGCUGUGUAUGUGUCCAAGGCACUGCAGAAAGCCAAAGUUGUGGUGAAUGAAGAUGGAACGAAAGCAGCAGCUGCCACUACUGCGAUUCUGCUGGCUCGGUCCUCCCCUCCUUGGAUCACAGUGGACAGACCUUUCCUCUUUCUCAUCAGACAUAACCCAACAGGUACCAUUCUCUUCAUGGGCCAGAUCAACCAGCCCUGAGCUCAGCACAGGAAAUGCUUCUACACUGCCACAUGAACACACACACACACACACACACACACACACACACACACACACACCUUUGCUGUAGACUUAUGUACAGUGUGGACAUAUGAUGUUAUUUGUUUUAAAUAUUGCUUUUAUGUUACCCAUUUUCUGUAACGCAUAACAUGCUUUAUAAAAUGUUUUGCAGACUUAAUUUUUCCUGCUGUUUUAAUUUUUUGUAUACUUUUUUUGAAUUUAUUACAUUUUUAAGAGACUUUGAAUGUCAAGUUGUGUAUUUUCUCAAGUCUGGAGUAGGAUAAUCCGUUUAUUUAUCGUGCCACUGUUUCAGUUUAAAAGUUCUCCAUCUCAAGUCGUGUCACUCCAGUCUGUUCUAAGUUUCACUCCAAAGUUAUGGCAAUGCAUCCCAUCGAGAACAUCUUGCAUUCAGCUACUUUACAGUGAUUGUUUCCCUCUCUGAGGAAGUCUUCUGUUGUCAUACUUGCUUCAUAUUUGAUCAAAUAAAUACACAUAUUUAUAACAUCAA